ACCUUGGGAGUAAUAGUCAAGAUAUUUAAGCUUCUAUUAGUAGCAAUAUUGAGUAAACCACAAAAGUAAUUUUUUAUAUUGAAAUAUUUUUGUUUAUCAUUGCAAGCUGUUGAGUGACAUUUGACUCAGUUUUAGGUUACGUGAAUUACUCUUUUUCCAGUAACAUCACUUCCAGUUUUUCUACUGUUUUCAUAGCAGCAAAAUGGCUGAAUCAUCUGAUGAUCAAAAUCCCUUUCACUGUCCAAUCUGUCUUCAUCUUCUGAACAACCCGGUAACUACAUCUUGUGGGCACAGUUUCUGUAUGAACUGUCUUAAUGAGUGCUGGGAUCGAGACGAUCAGAAGGGAGUUUACAGCUGUCCCCAGUGCAGGCAGACGUUCAUCCCAAGACCAGCUCUCAGCAGAAGCACGGUGCUGGCUGAAGUUGUAGAGAGAAUGAAGAGAGAAGCACCAGAAGCAGGAACAGCCUCUCCUGUUCUCAAUUAUGCUGCGUCUGGGGAUGUGGAGUGUGAUAUCUGCAUAGAGACCAAACUAAAAGCCAUCAAGUCUUGUCUGGUGUGUUUGGCUUCUUACUGUGAAUCUCACAUCCAAACUCAUUAUACAUCUCCUGCAUUAAAGCGCCACAAACUGGUCAAUGCCUCACCACAUCUACUGGGCCAAAUCUGCUCUCAACAUGAUAAACUACUGGAGCUGUACUGUUGCAAAGAUCAGCAGCUGAUAUGUAUGCAGUGUGCUUUGAUCAACCACCAGAACCAUAAAAUGACUUCAUCUUCAGCAGAAAGACAAGACAUACAGUCACAGGGACGGUUGAAGGAAAAUUUGGAUACCCUACAAAUGGCAAUGCAGCAGCGAGAAACAAAGGUACAGGAAUUAAGACAGGCCGUGAACUCUCAUAAGCUCUCUGCACAGGCAGCAGUGGAGCACAGUGAGAAGGUAUUUACUGAGCAGAUCAGCUCCAUGAAGAAAAGACGAGCUAAGAUAACAGAAAUGAUCAGAGCUCAGGAGAAAGCAGAAGUAAGCAGUGUUGAGGAACUCAUACUAACACUGGAGCAGGAGAUCAGUGAUCUGAAGAGGAGGCGCGAUGAACUGGGGCAGCUUUCAGAGGUGGAGGAUGACAUCUAUUUCAUUCAGAAUUUCUCAUCUCUAUCCCACUACCAGAUUUCAAAUUUGUGCAACAUCGCCGUCAGACAACAUUUGACAUUCAAGGAGAUAGAAACAGUAAUCUGUCUGCUGAAAAGUCAACUGGAUGAUCUCUGUGAACAAGACAUUGUUCGGAUAUCAGAGAAAGUUCCCACUGUCCAUAUAAUGGAGAAUAAUAAGAAGAUCACAGAGUAUUUGCCAUCUCAGCCCCAGACCAGAGAAGAGUUCCUUAUGUAUUCCUCUGAAUUGAUUCUGAAAAGCUCAUCAGCCUGUAAGCAGCUCUCUGUACGGAACAAGUCUGUGUCAAGGCGUGAAAAGAAAAACGUUGACCCAUACUAUGGACGUUCAUACAAUGAAGCUACACCCACAUACCAAGUGUUGUGUCAAAACUGUUUGUCUGGGCGCUCUUAUUUUGAAGUUCAGUUUGGAGGAACAGGUGGUUCUAUUGCGUUUUCAUAUGACAAGAUUAGUCAAGGUGGAGGAUCUGUUAUAUUUGGCUCAAACAACAGAUCCUGGAAAUUUGACUUUCCAGCAGCUACAAUUUGUGUAAACCACAAUAGCCAACAGACUAACAUUAGCUUGGUCUCUAAAAUUGGAGUGUUUCUCGAUCAAAUUGCAGGAACCGUGUCCUGUUACAAUGUCUCAAGUGAUAAAAUGACCCUCUUACACAGAAUCCAGACCACUUUUUCUCAACCACUCUACCCUGGGUUUUCAUUUCAGGAUUGGGGAAAUGACUCAUCUGUGACAAUUUGUGAUCUUCCUAAGCUAAAUAAGUAAAUAUAAUCUGUACUAACAGUGAUAGAUUCGUGAAUGGAGACUAAAUUCGAGGCAAGUCAAGAGAAAUCACUGUUCUCAUUCAUCAUUGUUAAAGCAAAUUUUUAAAUGCUGUUAAUUUCAUUAAUCUUUAAAAAAA